AUGAGGCUUAAAACACACAUGUGGCCAACAAAACUUAACUUGUUAUCUCUCCUUCUUGGACUAGAACUACAUUGGAACUCAACAAUUCCGGGGAACGACAAGGCUGCGAAGCCUGAAGCGACAAGCCGUCAUUGGCCCGAGGGUCUCGAUUGGUAUGAAGACGGAAAAAGCAAAAGGCGACUGUCGAUGACCUUUGUGCGGCUCUGCCUCAGGGAUGGAUUCUCACGAUGCUGCAAAUCACAGCCGAGACACCAAAGCUUCUGGCCCCUCAUUGCCGCCAAGUCGUGCCACCCGACAUUUCUUUUGGUCCCAACUCCAGCGAACCACCCGGGAGAGGGAUCGGAGUGCACUAGCUCGUUGACGACUCCGAUGGCAGGCGACAAGGCCAAGGAUACGUGGGAGAUUACGUUGAGAGGGCGUAGAUCAGUCCGACCGUUCCUGGCAGAUUGUGAAACCUACUGCCCCAUUCUCGUCGGCAGCAACGUAUCAGGCUCCAGGGCAGCAUCGGCCAAACAAAGAGCCUCCAAAAAAUCCGGAUGA